AUGGCGAUGCAGGUGGUGGUCUCUAUGGAAACGGUGGGCGACGAUGCUGCUGAGCCCUUCUUCAAAGGCCUCUUCGGGGAGCUUCGGCGGGACUGGGAGGGCGAGAUUGGCGUCCGCUUCCUUGCGCAGUCAACUUUCGUGAUCACCUCAUUGGGCCGGCACCUGGGCGACAGAGAUGCGCUGGAAGAAGAUUGCACCGUGACCUUGUGGUUCUCGGGGAGCAAGCUGGCAUCCGUCAAGGUGGGCCCCAGCUCCCCGGUCAUCCAAGGAUACGCCUACACAGAGGUGUUCCCGCGGGUAGUCGUGCAUCUCGGUCGGGAAUACCGACUCACACAGACAUGCUGGCGUGACAUGAGUGACGCUUGGCCAGAUGCGUGCAGCCUUCCGGCAGCGGAUAUGGUCGAACAGCGGUUCGCAAGGUUCCUGGGUGGUGUGUACGACUUUCAUGGAGGCUAUCCUUCCUUCUGUGAUGCCGAAGAUGGUCGUCGUGCUGGGAUGCUGAACUUCCGGGCUGUUCCGGGAAUUGCGACGCUUCCUGUAUGUCCAGAGAUGACUGUCUAUGAGCUGAAGCAGCAGCUCGAGGCGGUCACCGGUGUGGAGAAUGGAGAUCUUUUGGUUCUUGCUGUGCAAGACUCCUGGCAGCAGCGGCGGUUCCGAGUUGGGUCUGUCCUGGCAACCGGGUCCAAAGAUGGCACCGCCAGGCUCUGGGCCGUCGAAACGGGAAA